AUGGUACAAGAAUUCCAAACACACGACAUCGGCAUCAUGUUGUACAACGUAAGCAAAACCACCCUCACAAUCGCUAAAAAAAGAUGGCGUCGUGCAUACUUCACCAUUUACUUCUCCAACACCAUGGUUUCCAUCGCCAAAAACAUUGUCUCACUACCAAUUUCAGAAAUCAUCUCCAUCCCUUCCUAUUCCGUCAUCGAAAUCAUCCCACAUCAUGUUCCCAAGAAGGGUAUUAGCGAUGUAUCAGAUAUUAAUCCGACGCAGCUCACUGACACCCUAAAAAACAAAGACUUUGAAAAGCUGCACGAGUUUGGUGGCGUCAACGGCUUAGCCAAUGCGCUCGGAACUAAUCUCGAGAGCGGGAUGAACUCUCGAGAUUUAGACGGUAUUCGAACCGUGUUUGGUUCGAAUACUUACACAAAGCAACCUCCAAAAGGUUUGCUUUAUUUUGUUAUCGAGGCUUUUAAAGAUAUAACAAUUCUUAUACUACUUGGUUGUGCCACACUUUCUCUUGGAUUCGGAAUCAAAGAACACGGAAUUGGAGAAGGAUGGUAUGAAGGUGGAAGCAUAUUCCUCGCGGUAUUUCUUGUUAUCGUUGUAUCCGCGAUUAGUAACUUCCGACAAGAGGGUCAGUUCCACAAUUUGUCGAAAAUAAGUGAUAAUAUCAAGAUUGACGUUGUUAGAGAAGGAAGAAGACAAAAGAUUUCCAUAUUCGAUAUAGUCGUUGGAGAUGUUGUGAUUUUAAACAUUGGAGACCAAAUUCCAGCGGAUGGGCUGUUCAUCGACGGGCAUUCCACUCUAAUCGAUGAGUCAAGCAUGACUGGCGAGAGCGAACCAUUACAUGCCGAUUCCCUCCGGAAUCCGUUCUUGUAUUCCGGUUCCAAAGUGGUCGAUGGGAAUUGUCGGAUGCUCGUGUUAUCAGUCGGAAUGAACACCACGUGGGGAAAAAUGAUGAGUUCAAUCACUAGCGAUAACAAUAACGAAGAAACACCAUUACAAGCUCGCCUCAACAAACUGACAUCCUCAAUCGGAAAGGUAGGUCUCGGUGUCGCUUUCCUAGUUUUAACAGUUAUGUUAAUUCGUUAUUUCACGGGAAACACAGAAGACGAAUAUGGUAAUAAAGAGUAUAACGGGAAGCGAACAAAUAUAAACGAGGUGUUCGAUUCGGUUACACGUAUCUUCUCGGCGGCGGUAACCAUCGUGGUGGUGGCCAUCCCGGAAGGUCUACCGCUAGCUGUCACGCUCACACUCGCGUACUCCAUGAAACGAAUGAUGAGUGAUCAAGCCAUGGUUAGGAAGCUAUCAGCUUGUGAGACCAUGGGUUCAGCCACUGUUAUAUGCACCGAUAAAACCGGGACUCUAACCAUGAAUCACAUGACUGUAACAAAGUUCUGGCUCGGCCAUGAGUAUAUUUCAAGUUCUACCAAUGUAAUCGCCGGAGAAGUCCUUCAACUUCUACACGAAGGAAUCGGGUUUAACACCACGGGUACGGUUUUCAAAUCAGGAGAUGUAACCGAAUACUCCGGGAGUCCAACUGAAAAAGCGAUAUUGUCGUGGGCGGUUACAGAUUUGGAAAUGGACAUGGAGAAACUGAAAAAGAGUUCGAGUGUUGUACACGUCGAGACGUUCAACUCAAAGAAAAAACGUAGUGGUGUUUUAAUCAGGCGAGAUGUGGACCACACUGUACACGUGCACUGGAAAGGAGCUGCUGAAAUGGUUCUCGCAAUGUGCUCAGGUUAUUACGAGAGCAACGGGUGUAUAACAAUUAUAGAUGACGAUGAGAGAAAAAAACUCGAGAAAACAAUUGAAGGAAUGGCAGCGAGUAGCCUAAGAUGCAUUGCUUUCGCGUAUAAGCAAGAUGAAACACUAUCAGAAGGAGGUUUAACAUUGCUAGGGAUUGUCGGGCUAAAAGAUCCAUGUAGACCAGGAGCCAAAAAAGCUAUAGACACCUGUAGGUCUGCUGGGGUUGAAAUCAAAAUGAUCACCGGAGACAAUGUUUUCACAGCAAAAGCAAUAGCCACAGAAUGCGGAAUACUCGAAUCCAGCGAAGAAAUACGCGAAGAACAAGUGAUAGAAGGUGUGGAGUUUCGUAACCUAACAGAAGAAGAAAGAAUGAAAAAAGUUGAUAAGAUUCGCGUAAUGGCAAGAUCUUCUCCCUUUGACAAGCUUCUAAUGGUGCAGUGUUUGAAACGAAAAGGCCACGUGGUUGCAGUCACUGGGGAUGGAACAAACGAUGCACCUGCACUCAAAGAAGCUGAUAUCGGUCUUUCAAUGGGGAUUCAAGGAACAGAAGUCGCGAAACAAAGCUCAGAUAUUGUCAUCUUGGAUGAUGACAUCACGUCUGUUUCAACUGUUUUGAUGUGGGGCCGAUGCGUAUAUAAUAAUAUCCAGAAGUUUAUUCAGUUUCAACUCACCGUUAAUAUCGCAGCUCUUGUUAUCAACUUCAUUGCUGCUGUUUCUGCGGAUGAUGUCCCAUUGACAGCUGUCCAGUUGUUGUGGGUGAAUUUGAUCAUGGACACUUUGGGUGCUUUGGCACUUGCUACAGAACGUCCAACUGAUGAACUCCUAAACAAGCCUCCAGUUGGCAGAGUCGAGCCUCUGAUAGCCAACAUCAUGUGGAGAAACAUAUUUGCACAAUCGAUCUUUCAGAUAAUCAUUCUGCUGACGUUUCAGUUCAGGGGUAAGGAGAUAUUUGACGUGGAUGAGAGAGUGAAGAAUACGAUUAUUUUUAAUACUUUCGUGUUGUGUCAAGUGUUCAAUGAGUUUAAUUCAAGGAAGCUGGAGAAAAGGAAUAUAUUUAAAGGGAUACAUAGGAACAGGUUGUUUCUGGGGAUUAUUGGGAUGACUGUUGUUCUUCAGGUUGUUAUGGUGGAGUUUUUAAAGAAGUUUGCGGAUACAGAUAGAUUAAAUGGAGUGCAGUGGGGAAUCUGUAUUGCUAUUGCAGCUCUUUCAUGGCCUAUUGGAUGGUUUGUGAAGAUGAUACCAGUACCAAAGAAACCAUUUUCUAAGCUAAUAUAA